AUGGACAGAAACCAACAGGAAAACGGACAACGCAUGUUAAUGAACCCUGCCAGUCUCCGAUGCACCGAGUGCAGACGCCACCCGGUUCAUAACGGAGGCCGACAGAUGGAAGAAACCGCAGGACACCGUUCGACCAUGGAACACGUGUCAAACGUUCUAAACCGACGACCACGUCCAUCUUCGGUCGAAAGAGGAGGCCGCGGUUACGGUAAGAAUAAUAAUAAUGUUUUUCGCGGUAGCGAUGUUCACAGGGACCACGGGUCGAGCGAAUUGCGACGGAUCGUCAGGAAACCCGAGUCGGGCAGCGGUGAUUCUUCCGCGGCUCCGUGCCGCCGGUCGUCGUCGUCACGGACGCGUCACGCCGUACCCGGAAGAACGCUGCUCGUACGCGGACUGGGACGUGAAGUCAAUUGCGACAACGUCUUCAAUAUAUUCUGUCUAUACGGAAACGUGACGACCGUGAAAAUACUCAGAAAUGGACUGGUUCUCGUCGAGCUAAACGACGUUGAGGCCGCCAAACGUUGCGUGAACCACCUGCACUUGUUGCCACUGGAUCAGAAGAAUAAGUUGAAAAUCAAAUAUUCCAAUUAUUCUUAUAUACGGGACCAAGGAAAAGUCAUCAAAUUGUCAGACGGGACGCCGGCACAGAAAUACUACAAGACCAGCAAACUUAACAGGUUUUCGUAUAAAACAAAGUUUGUAAACGAGCGUCGAAUCGCAGCCCCGUCGAAAAUUUUGCAUUUCUUCAACGCACCGUUAGAUAUUAGCGGCUCGAAGAUUCGCAGGGCAGUGAUAAACGCCCUCGGUUGCAAGGACGCGGUUCGAUCAAUAACAAUUCUAUCCCAAAAGCAGCCCGGGGCUAAAUGUUCGACGGGUCUUUUAGAAAUCAAAAGUGUCGACCUGGCGGCCAAGGCUGUACUGUUGUUGAACCAUAUGCAGUUAGAAUCGUCGAGAUCCAAAUUCCCGUUUCUGAUGAAAUUAUGUUUUUCAAAAUGGUCGGAAAUGCGGCAAAAGUCCGGGGACUCGACGGCCCUGAUUUUCAACACCAAGCCCCACAACACUCCGUGGCUGUUUCACAGAUACGAUUACGGCGUGUCUACGGUGGAGUAUAAAGUAUCACGGGUAACCCGAGCAACCGAUGAAGACUGGCCCUGGACGCUAUGGGAUAUGAGGAAUCGUGCGACGGAGGCCAUUGACCUCGAAGCAUGCCGAUAA